AUGGGUUUUGCUCGUGACUCCGAGGCAACAGACAUAUUCGUCAACGAGCCGGAGCUGACUCGAAGCUAUACAGCAGAUGCAGAAGGCUGCACUGCUCAGGCGCUUGAACCCGCCAUCUCCAAGCUGCCUAGCUUGGAAAACUCUUCGGGAUAUGAGGUCUACUGGGAACCUGAGGAUCCCGAAAACCCUCGUCUCUGGCCGUUAUGGUACAAAAGUGUCAGUAUUGUAACGAUGAGUCUUGGGGCAACAGUUGUCAGUCUUUUCAGCACCUUAUAUACUUCAGGAAUCCCUGGUCUGGAGGAUGAAUUUCACAUAUCCAAAAUUAUCGGUCUUCUCGGUGUCUUUACCUACCUUCUCGGUAUGGGGCUGGGAACUAUUAUCACCGCCCCACUGAGCGAAGUUGUCGGUCGACGACCGGUUUACUUAGUCUCCAUGACCAUUUUUCUCUUGUUAAUCCUUCCGAGCGCUUUGGCUCGUAAUAUAGAAGCGAUAUUAAUUAGCAGGUUCUUCGGAGGUCUCUUUGGCAGUGCGAUCAUGGGCAACUCUCCAGCCUCAGUGAACGAUAUUGUCUCUGAUCAACAUCGCGCUCUGGCUUUCAGUAUCUGGUCGAUUGGGCCUACAAAUGGUCCCGUCUAUGGUCCGAUCAUCGGUGGUUUCGUUUUCCAGUAUCUGGGCUGGAGGUGGACGAACUGGAUUGUUCUGAUCAUCGGUGGUGCAGUUCUCGCUUUGAUGUGUUUAAUUAAGGAAACAUACCCUCCGGUGAUCCUCCGAAAGCGAGCAGCGAAAAUCCGGAAAGAAACAGGAGAUCCCAAGUGGUGGACGCGCUACGAUGGUGGAGAUGAUUUGUCCAAACGACUUAAAAUCGGUCUCAGCCGGCCAUUCAUUAUGCUUGUGACCGAGCCCAUCUGCAUAUUCUGGAACAGCUAUAUCGCAAUCGCCUACGGCAUUCUUUAUCUGUGUUUCGUGGCCUACCCGAUCGCCUUUCAGACAGAACGAGGCUGGUCACCUGGAAUCGGCGGACUCUCCUUCAUCGGCAUCGGAUCCGGUGUCCUCAUCACCAUCGCAUGCGAACCCAUCUUCCGCAAGGCCAUCAAUAGCCACCGCAAGGACCCUGAAACCGGUGAGAUACCUCCAGAGGCUAUUGCCAGCGUUGUUAUUCUUGGUGCAAUCCUCCUCGCCGUUGGGCAGCUGUGGUUCGCCUGGACUUGUACACCAAAUGUGCAUUGGAUCGUGCCAAUUCUGUCCGGCGUCCCGUUUGGGUCCGGCAAUGCAUGCAUUUUCAUUUACGCCACUAGCUACAUGGCCCGCUCGUACGGUAUCUACACUGCUUCUGCGCUGGCGGGGAACAUGUUCUUCCGCAGUAUUAUGGGCGCUUGUCUGCCGCUUGCGGGGCCGUCGAUGUAUAGUGCCCUGGGGCUAAAUUGGGCCAGUACUUUGCUUGGCCUUGUGGAGACGGUGUGUAUCUCUAUUCCGGUUGUUUUCUACUUCUACGGGCGUAGGAUUCGUAAGGCAAGUCCCAUGAUUCAGGCGAUGGAGAGGAUGCAGGCUGCGACAUAA